CCGAGCGCUCCUUCCGUGGUGUACAAGGCAGAGCAAAGCCCCAGAGGAACCCGCCAAUCCGGCACCCCUUGCUGUUUUUUCGAUCGGGAUCACCGUUAAGCAUCCCCGAUGAUGAAGUUCUGCACAGAAUUGCCGGCGUACCUACCGGAAAAUUUUCCGGCUGCAGACAAUGGCUCCUCCUUCCAGCUGCCUGACAUCCUCGACUUCAGCGACCCACUAAUCGACGGUGAGUUGUUUGAAGGCAGGGAAAUUGACGGGAACCUACAGUUUCCGGCCUUGGAUUCAAGCCAGCCAAACAAGAUCGGCGAUUCUCAAGCAAAUAAACAGACGGGUGGGCGUGGCUCCAGGAAAAGAAAAUCAGAUGGACUUGGCCUUAAGGUCGCUUUUAAGACAAUGUCGGAUGUUGAAGUCUUGGACGACGGCUACAGAUGGAGGAAGUACGGGAAGAAGAUGGUUAAGGACAACCAAAACCCUAGGAACUACUAUCGGUGCUCCCAUGGAGGAGGCUGCAGCGUGAAGAAAAGGGUUGAAAGAGACAGAGACGACCCAAGAUUCGUGGUCACCACUUAUGAGGGUACGCACAACCACGAGUGCCCCUACGUCAUUUACUACAUCACACCACAACAUGUUUGUGAUGUAGGCGUCAACGAUGCAGCUCAGAUUCCUUUCCUCUCUCACGGUGCACCAUAUGCCGGCCGUGGGGGAUUCUACCUGUCGAACUAUAUAGAGAGCUAGAACAGAGCAACGCAUCGCCAAUCACAACUCUUUCAUAAUAGAAUAAUCGGUCCGUUGUUGAUUCCCAAUAUCAAUGUGAAUUGACGCCGGCCAUCUCAUCUUCUUGUGUGAUAUAUAGAUAUUAUGAAUGCAAAAUCUACUUG